AUGGCGCCAAAGACAAAUUUCCGAUUGCUCUAGCGGCGAUUCAUUCAAGUUACGGCAGCGUAUACCACGUGAGACACGUCGACCAAUAGAACCAAAGGCUUUGUACCCGCCGCCAAGCUGAUCCAAGGAUGUAUUUGCACGAAAUAGCUCAACUUUGUCAAGCUUUGAAAGUGUGAAGUACUCAUUAAAGGGGGGCAUUUUUGAAAAAUAUGAAAGUGCAAUAAUCGGUCGAUUAGAGGAACGAUUUAAACUGAAUUUCGGUCCGACGGUUUCGUAAUAUCGAGCUUUCAAAGUAUGGUAUUAUUGCGUCGCCAUUUUGACUAAUCUGGUUUCGACAACUGAUGGUUUGUUAGGUUUUUUUGGUUAUUUCGGUGGGAUCUCGUUCUUUUUUAUAGACUUUUUGAUUUCGUAUAGUUUCGAGCAGAGUUAAAAUGACACAACAAACGAAUACAACGAAUUGGGUAAUACAAGGAUCGAAUGGCCAGCCCCAAAUGAUCAAGGUAAUGCAAUCUACUGGAAAGACUUUUAGCGGCAUUAUGACUUCAGCUAUGUCCGGGCAACCAGUUAAAAUUAUCAAAUCAUCAUCGACAUUAUCUGAUGAUACUCAGCAGAUAUACGCGACCGCUAAUUCUUUAUCCACUACACAAGUAUUGAGAUCAAUAGGGACACCUCCUAAAGUUGUAACAAAAACCAUUCCAGUUCACGUCAACAAAAUCCCCGUGAAAACGAUCAAGCUGACGCCGACCCAAAUGCAAGGAAUAAAACUCGCCCAGACCACUCCUACGAAAGUUCAAAUAUCGCCUCAACACAAUCCUACUUCAACCACGGUACCUGUAUUCACGUCGCAAUCGUCGUCGUUAAUGAAAAACAUCUCGCCGCCGAUCCUGAGCAGGAAAAGGCAGGACCAAGUCGAGCUGGAGUACGCGCCCGAAUCGAAACGCGGCAGGAAAUCGGAGAAGGUCGGCAAGGGGCUCCGGCACUUUUCGAUGAAAGUGUGCGAGAAAGUCAAGCAAAAGGGCACGACAACUUACAACGAAGUCGCCGACGAACUGGUGACGGAGUUCACGAACGCCACCAACAACGCCCUGCCGGAUCAGUACGAUCAGAAGAACAUCAGGAGGAGGGUGUACGACGCCCUUAACGUUCUGAUGGCCAUGAAGAUUAUAUCUAAGGAAAAGAAGGAAAUUAGGUGGUUGGGUCUGCCGACGAAUUCUAUACAGGAGUGCCAUCAGUUGGAGAAGGAGUUGCAAAACAAGUUAAAGACAAUAAUAGAGAAGGAGAAACAGCUGGACGAGUUGAUAUUGAAUCAGAUAGCGUUCAAGAAUUUGGUGAGGAGGAAUCAGGAGAACGAGAAAUUGUACGGGGCGCCCGCUCCGAAUUCGUACAUUCAGUUGCCUUUUAUUGUAAUCAAUACAAACAAGAAGACUGUUAUUAAUUGUAGUAUAUCAAACGAUAAGAUGGAAUAUCUGUUCCAAUUUAACGAUAAAUUCGAGAUAAACGACGACGUGGAGAUAUUAAAGUCAAUUGGCAUGCUCUCAGGUUUAGAUAAUGGGACUUGUACAGAAGAAAAUCUAGCUCAGUUGAAGAAGUUAAUACCGGAGUCGCUUUGGCCAUAUUUAGACAAAAUAGCGAACGGUCGUCAGCAUUCUCUCGAUAACGUGUUGGAGGAGGCUCGAGCUGGUACGAGUUUUUCCAUGCUCAGCGCCGAGGAGUUCGUGGAAACUCAACUAGACGAGGAAAAUUCUCGUCAAUCGUCCAGUUUCGAUCCUUUGUCGCCCAGUCCUCAGGACUUCUCCGAGGAAGACGUGGAAUCGGAUCUUUCCAGUGACAACGAUGUGCAUUAGUGUUUGCUAAUUUUUUUUUUAUAUAUUGCUCCUUUUUAUGGUAUCGUCAGCUGGACGAAAUUUGAACGUACUAUAUGUUUCGAUGGUUUCGUUUUAUGAGUAUAAUAGGAACGUUUUUUUUUUAUUAUUAUGAAAAGUAUUUUCCUUAACAUCCGAAUAGAACGUGAUAUCGCAUCUCAAUUUUGUAAGGCUUAUAAUUAGAUGAUUGUUAUUUUUUUGUUAUAUCUAUAGAAUAUGUCACGUUUCUAUUUAACAAUUUGUUAAUCGCCAUACGAUUGUUUUUUUUGUUAGAAUUCAUACUUGACUAUAAGGUAAUAAUAAUAAUUGAUCUAUCCAAAUGAAAGUGCUUAAAUUGAAUAAAUACCUACCUAAUGAUUGUAAAUAUUUAUUUGAUAUUCUUUGUAGUGGACCAAAAUAGUUGUAACUUAUUUAAAUAUGUAAUUAAUCCAUUUUUGAUCUAAAAACAGCGAAUCGACAACACUAGUUUAUUAUUUCCAAAGGCGAAAAGUAAUUCCUGUUGAACCAUUGCAUCGUUUUAGUUAAGUUAUAUAAAGAGAUUUUAAUUUCUAAUAUAUUGAGAACUGCUAUUUUUACUUUCAAGCAAAGUGCCUGUUAGUUACUCGACAAUUGUUUACUUAGAGGUGAAUAUAGCAGGGUUAAAACUUACAGUUUUAUGAUCACGAAUGAAUUAAAUUUUUCUUUCAUGAAAAGGUGGACCAAAAAAUGUAUGCCAAAAUAGGAUUAGGUAACAGAUUCGUUCAAAAAGAGGCUUUCAGAAGCUUGAUUUUUUUAUUUAUGUAAAUUUUAUUCGUAUGCUCCAAUUUUUGGCUCACCUGUAUUACAUUUUUGUACAUAAUAUAUAUUUUUUGGAAAGCAGCAUGUGGCAGAAAGAAGUUUAUUGUAAUUAAUUUUGUAUAUAUUUUUUGAAGGACAAGUUUUUUGUUGAUCGUAAAUAUAAGUAUUAGAUCGUACAUUCAUACAAUUAUGUUUGAUUUUUAAAUUUUAUUAUUUUAUUGAGAUAGAGGUAUGAAUUUUUAUGAAUGUAUACACUUUUGGAGUAUGGAUGCGUUUUUUUUUCUAACUAAAUAUUUAGUUUCUAUAAAAUUUGAUAUUUAUGCUUGAUUAAUUAUUUGAUUUACAAUUCUGAUUCAAUUCAAGUAAAAGUAAUUGUGAGAACAAACGUCCAUACGUCUAAAUAACAUAGACAUUUGCACAAUUAACUUUUUACAUAAAGAAAUCGUCCAAUUUGUAAGAGACCUCAUCUGUAAAAUUAGGCACAAAAGUACUGUAAAAAAUAACACUUCCUGUGCCACUCUGUCUGAUCCAAUAAUUGUAUUUCUUUAUCAUCAUGUAUAGAAUGAACAAUCCUUUUAAUAGAUGCCAUUUUCUAGAUUAGCUUUUUAUUGUUUAUACU